AAAAAAUAUUUCAAUUUACAAUUAAAGACAUUCGCUAGAUAAAUAAACAAAACAUCAUGUCGAAUAAAACGAAAUUUAUCAUCAAUACAUCUGUGGAAUAUUUUGCUGUGAAUUCACAAACUGGCAUCGCUUUGGAUGAACAGACCGCAGCAAUAUUAGAAUUUUUGGAAAAUGAUGAAAUAACUGUAAUCUCAGCUGUACAUAAUAAACAAGAAGAUAAAAUUAAAUUUCAUCAUCGCAUACCGAACGAUGAAGUUUGUUUACUCUUCUAUAAAAUACCACAAGUUGGUAAAAGUGGUAUGGGAACCGGUACAACAUCAACAUCGUCGUCAUCAACAAUGGUAAAAACAACAGCUACUAUAGAUAACCAACCACUUGGCAUUUUGACGCUUGAAGGAGGUUUGGUUAAAUCCAUUUAUAAUUCUGUUUCACGUGUAUUUUCACCACAUGCAAAUACUCGGAAAACCGAAUAUAGUCCGGAGUUAAGUGGUUUACUUGAAAAUUUACAUGUUUCACUUGGUUCAACAUUGGGUUUACCUCAAAGUGGUAUAACAUCUAUCAAGGAUGAGAUAAACUAUUGGAAACAAAAGCUAAAUAAUAAAUCCAGUUCCCGCUUGGAUAGGGAGGCAGCACAAGUUUUUAUGGGUAUUUUGGAAAAUAUAGAGCAACGUAUAAGUUCAAUUAACGUCAAUUCUGGCAAUAAUCUUGAAGACUUUCUCGAUAGUGCUCACAAUAAUUUCGAUGAACUUUGGCGGUUAUCCUAUCAAUUUCCCCAAAGUCGUAUGGCUGAUCUAAUGGAUAUAAUUGGCAAUCAAGUAAUUGAAUUUUGUUUAGAGCCCUUGAUAAACGAGGAUAUUUGGAGUUUAAAUAACUCCGUGGUAAACAGCCUUAUGAGUCAGUGUAUAGAUACCGCAGAUUCUUGGAUACAAUUAUGCGAUUCUUUGACACGACUCUUUUGGCCUAAUUAUGUCAAACAUCCCUGGGUAGGGGAAGCACAUAUACCAAAACGUGCCCAAAUGUUCAAGGAGCGCAUGUUGGAAAUUCGCAAUAUUAAAAAUCUUUACAAACAAAUUGCUACUCUUUUAAAUGAUGAGGAAAUGCGUGAAAUGAUUACAAAUCAAUCGCCAUUUAGGAAUCUAAAUAUUUUCGAUACCACUACCAUGGGUCAGGCGAAGUGGAAUAAGGCUUUGCAAAAUUUUGAACAUUUAUUACAGCCAACAGAUGAGCGGAUUGCUGCUGCCUUGAAGGCACAACUUCAUCAACAUUUGAGUAAUCCACGUCAAGUGAUUUUUAUUUUCUCAAAAUAUGAAACAUUAAUACAACGUCCCACGGUCUUGGAGUUAUUAACUAUUGAGCGCGAGCAGUUUAUGCAGUCGUUGCACAUUCUUUUGCAAGAUUUACGUAAAGCUAUGACUGAUACAAAUAUGGAACCAGAUACCGGACACUUAUCGGUAAUAUGCAAUGAAUGCCGUUGGUUGAAAGUGGUACAAUAUCAAAUCCAAGAAAUCGAAAAAGUUAGUCAUCUUAUAUCUGGAAGAGAAGGAUUCGAUAAGAUCAAUAAAGCGGUGCAGGAAAUAAAAGAGGAAACGGAAUCAUUAUUGAGAACUAAUUUUGAAAUUUGGUGUGGUCAGCAUGCGACAGCCGUAAAGUCAGGAGAUCUAAAACUUCGCGAUGAUCAACCCGUGGUGAAAUUCGAAAAAGAGGGUCGUCAACUGAUGCGCGUUACAUUUAACCCAAAAUUGGUAACAUUUUGUCAAGAUGUUAGAGAAUUUGAAAAUAUGGGCUAUAAUGUACCCUCCGAAUUGCGUUCGGCUGCAACACAUGCCGCUAAGUAUAUGUGUUACGCCCGUCGAUUGCAGCAAAUUGCUACUUUUCACAAUACCAUUGGUGAUCGCAUGAUACCCUGUCAAAGACCUAUUAUGUUGAAAAAUGCUAUGGAACUUUCGAAAUUAGUGCACAGCGAAACGGUGGCUUGGAAUGACGAAGACUCCGUGGAACGUUAUGUUAAUACCUUACAAGCAGCUGUGAGUAAACUUUCAGCUGAUAAUACACUUUUAGUGGGUUAUCAUGAACAGGCAAAGAGAACGGUUAUUAAACUUAUGAACACCGAUCUCUUUACCCAAAGUCAAACCUGGAAAGAUGAAAUGCGUCAUUUAAGAGAACUGGUAGCAAAUUUAGAACGUCAGGGUUUUACUAAUCUUGACGCUUUUAAGUUGCACUGGGAUCAUCAGUUAUAUAAAGUAUUGGAAUAUCAGUAUAUUAUUGGUUUAGUGGAUAUGAAUAAUAAACUGCCCGAUAUUCAUAUAAAAAUAACUUUUCGUCAACGCCAGCUAAUUUUUAUACCCUCAGAAGAAGAAAUUCGCGAUAAGUAUUUUUCACAAUUGCGCCGUUUUAUAGAACGUCCUUGUGGCUUUCGUGGUUUAUCCGAUAAAGGUUCUGAUCUGUUUAAAACUAUGGUCGAAAUAAAUCGUCAUUAUUUGGGUCCUUUAUAUGAACAAGCUGAGGAAUUAUUUUCGAAAUUAGAUAAGUUUAAAAAACUCUGGCUGCCCUGGGUGGCUUUAGGCUGUGUCGAUGUGGAAGAACUUUGUGGUGUACAUUUACAAACCUCGGACGAUUGGGAUCGUAAUUUUCGAAAGUGUAAACAUUUUAGCCAGAAAAUUGCCAAAAUACAAAACAAUGAGGAAUCUAUUGACUGCAUUGUAAUCGAUAUAUUACCCUUACGGUCAGACAUUGAAAAUAUCAGUCGUCGUUAUUGGGAGGCUUUAUCCAACAGCCUUAGAGCAUCCAUACUAAACGAUAUUACAAUCAUACAAGAGUUUCUACAAAAUGCUCUACAAUUCUUGCAAAAUGUACCCAUGGAUGAAUCCUCCAUAACAAAGUCGGGUAUGAAAUAUGAAAAAAUUAUGACCGAAUUACCAAAAGUCACGGAAACUCUUAAUUUGGUCAAAGCUAAAGAUACCUGUUUAGCUGGUUGGUGUAAAGAGCGUGUUACCUCAUUAGCCUCCAUACUAAUACAAUGGGAAAAGUUGCAACCUUUAUUGGAAAAUCAUGCUGUUAUACUGCAACGUCAAGUCGACAUGAUCAAAGAUCAGGCUCAGACACAAAUACAAAAUUUACACAAUGAGGCAGAGAAAUUUGUCAUACGUUGGGAAUCAACCAUAGCCGAGUUGGAGGCUAAUGAAGAUGCCUCGCUGGAUAUGUUCAAAGAGCGUCAAGAACACUGGCAGGAGAUUUUAUGCAAGAAAGAGCAACUUUUAGAAGAAUGUGCCAAGUUCAAUAUGAUCUUUCCCGAUGAUUUGCUUAAGCCAUUCGACGAAAUUGAUGCCAAAAUGAAGGCUCAAUCACAAGAGUGGCUUAUAUACGAUGACUAUCUAAAAGAUUUGGAUGCUAUACUAAAAGAAGAAUGGGCCAUUUACCGCAGGCGUCCUUAUAUUUUAAAUGAGCUCAUAACACAAUGGGAAAGUUCAGUUAACUCUUCUAUAGAUCUCUCAUCAAAAAGAAUAAGACAAAGUGUUGAAAAGUUGCAAACCAUUUUACCAAUUCUGCAGCAGUUGCAAUCAGACUCUUUAACUGAACGUCAUUGGGCUAGAAUUUUUGUUUUACUCAAAAAAGAAGAUAUGAAAAAAUUACACAAUUUUACCUUAAAAGAUAUUUUACAAGAUCAGGCUUUAUUGCAACAACAUGCUGGAGAAAUAUCACAAAUUGUAAGGCAAGCCUCUUCAGAGCAAGUGGUGCGUCAAGCUUUAACUGAACUAGAUCAAUGGUCGGUUACAGCCAAAUUGAAGCUGAUAUCACAGAAAGAUUCGUCGGGUAAUUCUAUAACAUUAAUUAAGGAUUAUCAGGAAGUCCUAAAUAAAAUUGGUGAUAAUCAAUCAUUACUUCAGUCGGCUAAAAAUUCAUCAGCUUUUGAGGCCUUUUCGGAUCAGGCCGAACUAUGGGAAAGUAGACUUAACUCUUUGGAUGCUAUUUUAACAAGUUUGAAUCAAUCACAAAGGAGAUGGGUUUAUUUGGAACCGGUUUUUGAGGCUGGCACUCUAAAAAAUGAAGAGGCCUUAUUCAAACGCAUAGAUAAAGACUUUCGCUAUAUUAUGAGGGAAAUAGAAAUGGAUCCUAGAGUUAUAUCUUUGGUAAAAAUUAACAAUAUAACUACUCUAGUCAAGUCUCUGGAAACUCAACUGACCAGAUGUCAAAACAAUUUAAUGUCCUACAUAAUGGAAAAACGCAACUCUUUUCCCCGUUUUUACUUCCUGGGCGAUGAUGAUCUUUUGGAAAUCCUAGGACAAGCCUCUAAAGAUCCCGAAGUUAUACAAAAACAUAUUAAGAAGCUUUUUCCUGGUUGUCAUGCUUUAGGUAUUAAACAUGGAACCAAUGGGGAACGACCAGUAUAUACCAUACAAUCAGUGAAAAGUUCUGAAGGAGAUGUUCUUAAUCUAAAAACAGCCAUUGAAAUGUCUGGACCCAUAGAAACUUGGUUAAAUGCACUGGUCAACAAUAUUCAACAAACCCUGAAAGAGCAAAUUGUUCAAUGUUGUAACUCCUAUCCAACAGAUGGUUACAAUGAAAAUAUUUUACAAAAUUAUGCCAUACAAGUGUUAUCGACUACACGAGCCAUACAGUUUACCAAACAGGCUGAAAAAGCCAUACAAACGAUGUCACUGCAGAAACUCCAACAACAACUCAAUACGGAAAUAACCAAAUAUUCGACAUGGAAACAUCAAACUCAUGACAUGUUGUUACAAAUGAAAUUGCGUUCUUUGCUCUUUGAACUGGUACACUAUGUAACAGUCGUGGAGGAACUAAUACAAAACAAUACAAUGCAUCUAAAUGAUUGGCAUUGGUUGGCACAACUAAAGUUUUAUUUAGGCAACGACGGAGGUGGAACAGGGAGUGCAAGUGGCAGAGAUGCACGCACGGUUAUCAUACGUAUGGUGUAUGCUGAAUUUGAAUAUUCGUAUGAAUUUUUAGGUAAUCCUAAUAAGCUGGUCAGUACACGUUUAACACACAAAUGUUAUCUUAUAUUAACACAAGCCAUGCACAUGGGCUUGGGUGGUAAUCCUUUCGGCCCAGCUGGUACUGGAAAAACAGAAUGUGUUAAAGCAUUGGGCGCUAUGUUGGGUCGUCUCGUAUUGGUAUUUAAUUGUGAUGAGAAUGUUGAUACUGAAUCGAUGGGUUUGAUUUUGACUGGUCUGGCUCGUUGUGGCGCCUGGGGUUGUUUUGAUGAAUUCAAUCGUUUGCAAGAAGCAACACUUUCGGCCAUAUCAAUGCUCAUACAACCCAUACAAUGUGCUCUAAAGGAUAAAUCGGAUACGGUUCAAAUUGCUGAAAAUAAUAUUAAACUCAAUCAUCAUUGUGGCAUAUUUGUAACGCUUAAUCCGGCUGGCGCUGACUAUGGUGGCAGACAGAAAUUACCUGGCAACAUACAAGCAUUAUUUCGUCCAAUUGUUAUGCAACAGCCGGAACCACGAGAAAUUGCACGUGUCAUGUUGUUUGUGGAAGGAUUUAAGCAGGCAACCGAAAUAGCCGAACGUGUGGUCGAACUGUUCGAUAUGUGUGGCAAAAUAUUAACACACCAGCGUCACUACGAUUGGGGAUUAAGAGAAUUGAAAACCAUUUUACUUGCUUGCGGUGAAGGUUUACGUGAAAAUCUAAAGAUUACACGCACUUCAGCUCAGAGCACAAAUAAUGUCGAUGCAACAAUAACAACCACACCAACAGCAGCCACGAUUGCAACUAAUAAAAAUAAUAAUAGUAAUCGUGCAACAAAUAAUCAUGACAAUAUUGUGGUCGUGCACAAUGACGACAAUUAUAAUAACAGUGAAAUGUCGGUGGUGGUACAGUGUCUACGUGCCUCCACUAUGUCCAAAUUGGCACUACAUGAUGUGGCACGUUUUGAUAUGCUAUUGCAGAAUGUAUUUCCAGAAAUUAAAAUCAAUGACAAAUUUAAAUCAACCUUGCAACAGUCGAUUACGGAGGCAUUUAGUUUAUUGGGUCUUUGUGCUAAUGAAAUGCAAAUGAUUAAAUGUUUGCAACUCUAUGAACAAUUGCAAAAGCGCAUGGGUGUUGUUGUAAUGGGACCACCCGGUUGCGGUAAAUCAACCAUAAUAUCAGUAUUGCGUCAAGCUUUAAUUACACAAACAUCAGUGUCAUCAACAUCAACUGCAUCAUCACAAUUAACUAUUUCCGCUAGGCCAACUGCGACCACCACUUCAAUGCAGCAGCAACAACAAAUACGUAUUCACACUAUUAGUCCUAAAUCCAUGAGUCGCAUUCAACUGUUAGGUCGUCUUGAUCCUGAUACACGUCAAUGGCUUGAUGGCGUUUUAACACAUACAGCUGCCGUUGUAAAUGCCGAACCACUGCACAUUCAAUCAUGGAUUGUUUGUGAUGGCAGCAUUGAUCCAGAAUGGAUUGAGGCACUCAAUUCAGUGUUGGAUGAUAAUAAAUUACUAACAUUACCAUCUGGUUGGCGCAUACAAUUCGGUAAUAAUGUGAAUUUUAUAUUUGAAACUGAUGAUGUACGUAAUGCCUCGCCAGCAACAAUAUCUCGUAUGGGCAUAGUAAAUAUGAACAAUGAAGACUAUCCCUUAAAACGUAUACUCGAAUAUCAAUUGAGUAAAUUUGAAUUUGGUGAUUUAAUACAAAGUUUUAUAGAGGAAAUCUAUGAACCUGCUAUGGAAUGGUUAGAAAAGGAAUAUUUACAUACGUUUCCUGGUUUGACACGUUCCCGCAUGUUACGUGCUUUACUAUUAAAACUUCAGGCAGGACAUGAUAAUAAUUUCAAUAUACAAAAUCGUGAAGAAUUUACAGUGGCUGCUUGUCAUGCCGCUUUUGAAUUUUUACCAGUAGAACGUCAAAAUGAAUUCUCAAAUUGGUUAUAUAACAAGGCUGGCCUUUACGUUGCCAAUCCAAAUCAUUCAGAGUUAUUGUUUUAUAAUAAAAGUAGAAAGUCCUUGGAUGUUUAUGAAAGUGAUAUAAGUGGUGGCGGCGAAUUAAUUGAAACAGCUUCUAUUAAAAUGUAUUUGCAACAAUUGAAAAGUUUUCUAGAGGCUCCCUCCAGCACACCAUUCUUAGUUGUAGGUCCGGCUGGUGCAGCCAAAACUUUGCUUAUACAACACGCAGUUCAGGAUAUGUCAGGUUAUGAAUUGCUGACCAUUAAUUGUUCAACACAAUUGACGCCGGCUUAUAUUAUACAUUGUUUGAGACAGAAUUGUAUGACUGUAAGUGGAGUGCGUGGACGGGAAUUUAAAGCGAAACAGACACGUUUGGUAAUGUAUUUGAAAAAUUUGGAUCUGUGUUAUUUGGAUGCUUGGGGUUGCAGUGAAAUUGUUGAAUUAUUAUUGCAACUUGUGCAACGACAAGGCUUUUAUAACGAUAACAGCUCAAAUUCUGGCCUAAAUGCGGUUAAGAAUAGUACGAGUGGUGGCGAUAGCAACAAAGGCAAAGGCAAUAAUACUACCAACAACAGUAGCAAAUUGGAAUGGAUAAAUGUAAGUGGUUUACAAAUAUGUGGUUCCAUUUCACAGUCUACAACGCAAACGACAACAGCUGCGACAGCUAAUGCAAGUUUGGUGAAAAUUGCACCGCGUUAUUUGGCUAUAAAUCACUUGCUGCACGUCGGUUAUCCCACCCAACAAGAUAUGUUAGCUGUUAUACAACGACAUCUGGAACAUUUACUUUUAGGCAACCCAUACCAUCUUCAAGCUGGCGGCAGCAGCAGCAAUGACUCUGCCCGUUUUAAGGGUAUGAGUUUACAAAAUGUACAAUCUAUAUCUGAAGGUUUAAUGGAAUUCUAUACAAAGUUUCAAGCUGCCUUUACUAUGACUCGUAAACGUGGUGGCAGUGCUGGUAGCAAUAGCACAGAUGCUGCUGCCAUUGCUGCUACUGGUUGCAAUGCUCACUAUCACUUUUCACCGAAAUUUAUAAUGAAAACAUUGGCAAAUCUCAAAUAUUAUCCAGAAAAUUCAUUCAAUGAGGCUUUAUACUGUGAAUUAGUAUCCAUGUUUAAGGAUCGUUUAGCUUGCGAGGAUGAUGCUGAGAAAUUUGAAACAAUAUUAAGACAUUCAAUGCGUAAAAUUGGUAGUAAAGAUAAAAUAUAUUUUGUACCAAAGACAACAAAACACAAUAGUGAAUUGCAGACCUUACAACAUGAUGAAUGGCUGGAGGAAGUUCAAAAACAAAUUACUAUUUGUAACUCGGAAAGUUUUAUCAUUGAUGCACCGGUUACAAAAGAAUUACUGGAACAAACAUCGAAACUUGCACGUUUAUUGACACGCAAUAAUACACACAUACUCAUGGUGGGGACGGCAGGUGAAAGACAAAUGGAUUGUAUUUAUGCAGCAGCCACAAUGCAACAGGCUAAAAUCCAAUUGCUACAGGGUGGUUGUAAUUAUGGUCUAAUGGAUUUUUACAAUGAUUUAAAAUUGGCCAUGCAAGUAGCUGCUUUAGAAAAUCAAUGCUCCUGUUUGAUAAUAGAACAUUGUUGGCUCUCCUAUGUGCCGGACAUAAUGAAACCAAUCGAAGCUAUUUUGGAGGAAAGUGAAAUAUUGGAUUUAUUUGGUGAUGAUUUAGAGUCUAUUGCUAGUUCACUUAAGCAUUCAGCUCAAUUGGAGGGCUAUCAGGAUACAAUAGGCUCAUAUUUUAUGAAAAGAGCCAAAGAAAAUCUUCAUUUAAUUAUUUGUUUGGAUCCUAUGAAUUCUAAAAUUGAGGAAUAUUUUACUAAAUAUCCUGCCUUAUAUAGGAAUAUGGAUAUAUUAUAUCUAAGAGGCACUUCAAUAGAGACCUUAAAUAUGUUGCCCAAGAAAUUUGUGGAAGUGUUAAGCGAAUUUCCUGGUCAAUCAGCACCGAAAGAAAAAGUUCCUGUUUCUAGUUAUUUUUCGGAGAUAUUAGAUACUUUAUUACAACAACAGGUAUCUUUAAGAUUUUAUCAGUUGAUAAAAUCGUACUAUUACAUCUAUUGUAAUUUAUCGAAGGAUAUUAAUAAAAGAUUGGAAAAGUUACAGCACGGUGUCGACAAACUUGCUUCUGCUCAUGCCGUGGUUGAUACCCUGAAAUCAAAUGCCUCCAAACAGGAAGUGGCUUUAGCCGAAAAGCGAAAAUUGGCUAAUGAAGCUUUGGAAAUGAUUUCUUCGACUAUGAGAAAUGCCAAUGAACAAAAAUCUAGCAUGUUGGAGUUAAAAAAGAAAACACAAGAAAGCAGUGAAAAACUAAAAGAGAGACAACAAGAAAUCCAAGAGGAAUUAGCUGAAGUAGAACCAAUAUUGGCAGAAGCAUCAGCCGCUGUAGGUCAAAUAAAAUCAGAGGCAUUGUCUGAAAUAAGAUCUCUAAGAGCGCCUCCCGAGACUAUAAGGGACAUACUUGAGGGUGUCUUACGUUUAAUGGGUAUACGGGAUACGUCAUGGAAUAGUAUGAAAACAUUUUUGGCUAAAAGAGGUGUUAAAGAAGACAUUAGAUCACUUGAUCCAGCACGUAUAAGUCCCGAAAAUUGCGAGGCUGUUGUUAAACUCUUAGCUAAUAAAGCCGAUUCUUUUGAAAUGAAAAAUGCUAAAAGAGCUUCGGUGGCAGCGGCACCUUUAGCAGCAUGGGUAAAGGCUAGUGUUAGAUAUUCAAAAGUUAUACAAAGUAUUAAGCCUUUGGAGAGAGAACAAAAGGAAUUACAAAAGAACUUAGAUGUGGCCGAAGAUGAAAUGCAAUCUUUGAUGACGGGUCUAGAUGAUGUAGACAAUCGGGUGAAGCAAUUGUCGGCUAAAUUAAAUGCAUAUACCCAGGAAGCAGCAGUAUUGGAAUUAAAAUUAGAAGAAGCUCGCAGUACCUUAACGGCUGCUGAAGUUUUGGUAGAGCAAUUAAGUUCAGAGUAUCAGACAUGGAGCAUGCAACUGGAGGAAUAUAAAGUUACUUUUAAAACUUUAGAUACCAAGUCCUUGUUAAUAGCAUUGGCCCUUAAUUACUACUCGCAUAUGUCACUAAAGGAAAGAAGCUUUUGUCUCAAUAAACUUACUACUGAACUGCAACUAAAAGAAUCAUUUGAUUUACACAAAAAUUUACUAACCGAACAAGAGCAAAUUAUUUGGGAAAGCAUGGGUUUGGCUAGAGAUGCUCAGAUUAUAGAGAAUGCUGCAGUUUUAAGACAAAUGCUUAACUUACCAUUUGGCUCUUAUCCUAUACCUCUACUACUAGAUCCCACAGAGACUGCCAUUAAUUGGCUUAAAGAAUACUUACACUCAAAGGAAAGACCAUUUGAAGUUUUAUCUCAGAAUAAUCAAAAAUUAGCGUACGCACUGGAACUGGCGGUAAGAUUUGGUAAAAUAUUUAUAGUAGAAGACUGUCAGGAAUUAAGACCACCACUAAUGCAAUUGAUUACAAAUAAAGUUUAUAUGAAAUUCAAUAAAAAACAAAUAGAAGUGGGAUCGAAGAUGGUGGAUUUGCAUGACAAUUUCCAGCUGGUUUUGGUCACUAAGACCCCCAAAUUAACCAUAGAAUCGGAAAUAUUUGCCUAUAUCACUUGUAUACCUUUUACUGUAACUGCGGUGGGCUUAAGUGAUCAACUAAUGUCUAAAGCUAUAAUAAUGAAAAAUCCAGUUUUGGAACAAAAACGUGUGAAUUUAUUGAAAAAUGAAGGGGUACUACUAAAACAACGCCUAGAAUUAGAAGAUAAACUAUUGGAAGAGCUAUCCUUAGCUCAAGGUGACAUAUUGAAAAAUGAAAAGCUUUUAAAAACUUUAAAUGAAGUCAAAGAAAGCAGUAGUUUUAUAGACAAAUCCUUAAAGGAAAGUUCUGAAAUAAAAGACACUUUAUUGGCAGACUUUACUGCGUUAAGAGAAUUAUGCUCCAAAGCUUCGUGGUUUUAUGUAAAUCUAACCUCCUGUUAUGAAUUAUCUUCUAUGGUAUUUAUAAAACUAUUUCUAAAUGCUUUGGAAUUACAUGAUAUUGGUGGUGUCAACCCGUCUAUACAAAUAGAAUUAAAAUUUUAUGGUCAAUUAGUUCGGGAGACAUUUCAGUAUUUGGCUAGAUCUAUACCCAAGGAUAGACAUUUAUCACUGGCAUUAUAUGUAUGUCGUACGGCAUAUAAGGAACGCAUAAAUGAUGCUGAAUGGGAAUUAUUUGUUACGAAUUUCAUGUCGGGAUCUGAAGGCAGUUCUUUAAGUAGUAGUGCUGGUUAUGGUCGAUCACAAUUUGUGGAGAGUUUUGGCAAAGAGGCAGCUUUAAAAUUGCAACUUUUAAUUAACCAAAAACCUGAAAUGGAGGAAAAAUUACAAGUGCAUAAUUUUUCACUAUGGAGUGGUUUUAAAGAAGGAAAGUCAACAGAAAUACCAGUAACAACCAUUAAUAGCUUUGAAAAACUUUUAAUAACACUAAUCAUAAGACCAGAACUAGUAACCCAUUAUAUGAGACAAACUGCAGAAGAAAUGUUGGGCAUAUCCAUUGAAACAAUACAACAACCCAGCAUUGAGCAAUUGGUGGAAGAAAGUUCUGCCGAAAAACCCAUACUUAUGAUUACACAAACCGAAAAUGAUCCAGCAACGGAAAUAUUAAGUGUGGCAGUGCGCACUAAAGGCAAAGAUAAAUAUCAAGAAAUUUCUAUAGGCAAAGGUCUAGAGAAAAAAGCCAUGGAUGUUAUUAAAGUUUCAGCUGAAAUGGGUAAAUGGAUAUGUGUUAAAAAUGUCCACCUAGUACCAACCUGGUUACUAGAACUGGAAAGAGAAUUUAGUGAAAUGAAAAAGCAUGCGGAAUUUCGUUUAUGGUUGAUUUGUGAAUCCACUAAAGGUUUUAGUGAAGCUGUAAUGUAUAAGUUUGUUAAAGUUCUAUAUGAAUAUCCAGCUGGUAUUAAACAGAAGGCCAAAAGAAUGUUACAAAAUUACGUUGUAAUGGAGCAAGAUAGAAGCAUACUCAAAGAAGCUAAACUAAUGAAGAUAAGAGUAGUGAUAUUUAUAGCCUUAUCUGUUUUACAAGAACGUCGACGUUUUAUACCGCAAGGUUGGUCACAAAAAUAUGAGUUUGGUGAGUCAGAUCUUAAGGCCGCCUUACAAUUACUUAAGUGGUUGGAUGCUCUUAUGCUAGGUGGACGCAUUGAUUGGCAAAUAAUGCAAAAAUUGAAUGAAAAUGUGGCUUUUGGUGGUCGCAUUAAUAAUUUAAGAGAUCUGUUGGUUUUACAGAAAUAUUUGCAAGAAUUUUUUAACAAUGAAUCUUUGAGUUCUAGAUGGACUCCUUUUGAGGGUAGAGUUACUAUACCCACUAGUACACAAUGGUCAGAUUAUUUAAAUGCCUUAUCAAAGUUACCAUCUCAAGAUGAACCAGAGCUAUUUAAACUGUCCACUAAAUCAAAUGUAAGCAGAGAAAUUGAUUACGGCCUAGAUAUUUUAAGAGAACUGAGGUUGUCGUAUUUAGGUUUAAGUGGAGAUAACGAAAAGAACCAGCAGAAUUUGGAAAAACAAAUUAAACCUAUAUUGGCUUUAUGGAGGAAAUUGGCACAGAACUGUUCCAUAAAUAUUACUGCUCAAGAAUUAAAUGAUGAACAGAAAUCAUCCAAUCCAUGGCUGGUUUUCAUACACACAGAAUUGAAAUUGGCCGGUGAGGGUUAUCAAAUGAUACACAAUACCUUAAGUCAAGUAUAUAGUAGUCUUAAAGAGCUCAACUCACAGAAUACAGCAAAUAUGGAAAUGAUUAAUAUACUUGCUUCAAAUCAGGUCCCCCUAAACUGGCAACGUCUCUGGUGUGGGCCCACUAACGCUUUAGACUAUAUAAAAGCUUUCAUGCAUAGAGCCUCCAACACCGAAACUCGUUAUCGUACCAUGCAACACUUGGAUUUUAUUGAGGAAGUUGACUUAACCACAGUCUACAAUUGUCAGACUCUUAUAUCGGCAUUGAAACUCAUCAAUUCACAUAAACAACAGAUUUCCUGUAAAAAUCUAACACUGGAGUCUCACAGUCUAACCUCCGAAAAAUCAUACCAAACCAGCAAUACCCAACAAGUACAGCUUAGAUUAAAACCUUUGCAGGUAAAUGGCGCUGUUUUUAGCUAUGGUAAAUUAAUAAUCACCUCUAAUGACGUCCUUAUGGCAGAAGACAAAUCUCCAGAGUUUGUUAUUACUUUUAAAGAAAAAGAUAAUCGCAUGAGUGAUUUAAAAAGCAUUUCCCGAGGCAGUUCGGCUGCGAUAUCAUCUACUUAUUUGCCGGUGUAUACAAAUGCAAAACGUGAAAAGUUAUUGUGUGAACUAGAGGUGGCUACCACAGAGACAGCUGAUACGGUGUUAUUGUCGGGUGCUGCCUUAAUAGUGGGACAUUUUUAAGUAAUAUUUAGUUUUUUCAUAUUUAUAGUACAUCACUGUUAAAAUAAAAGGAUAUUUUUGGGCUUCAA